CCGGAAGGCUCGAGAACACCUCCUGCGUCGUCGUAUGUCCCUCUUCCUUACCCGUAGUCACCCCAUGUUAGAAAACGUUCAAAUAUGAUGUCUUUCGCAAGGAACAAACACUGUUAGGUUUUGACAUCUGUGCUUGUACUGUCGGCUGCUCGGCUACUUUUGGAUGGCCGAAGCAGCGUUUAGUGGGUUAGGGAAAAACACAGCAUCAAGAGGCAUCGCAGAGAGGGAAGUGCCUCACAUACGUCUGGUUGGUGAUUCCGAUGUGGAGGAAAUAUACGUAUUUGGAAAAAAGUUGGGCCACGGUAGUUAUGGGGUGGUGUAUGCAGCCACACACAUUAAAACACAGAGCCGAUGGGCCAUCAAAACUGUUUGCAAGGCAGAGCCAGGAAGUACAAAAAUCAAAAUGCUGGAGCAGGAAAUCAAAAUACUCAAACAUGUGUACCACCCUCACAUAUUACGUUUGGAGGAAAUCUAUGAAACUGCUCAGAUGACAUAUUUGGUUACUGAGCUGUGUGUUGGAGGGGAACUGAAGCAGGCUUUACAACAGAAAAAGUUAUUUCCAGAGGAGGAAGCAAAACACAUCAUCGGCUGUUUAGCUGACGCCAUCACUUACCUUCACAAAAAAAACAUAAUGCAUCGGGAUUUGAAACUUGAGAACAUUCUUGUGAAAAACUCUCUUGAUGAAUGUAAUGGCAAGCUUGAUAUCAAGGUGGCAGACUUUGGAUUAUCAGUGAAGACCUUGGGUGUUGGAAGUGAAAACAUUCUUUUUGAAGUUUGUGGGACUCCAAUCUAUAUGGCACCUGAAAUGAUGAGCCAACGUGGAUACACACACUGGAUUGAUAUGUGGAGCGUUGGAGUCAUUACGUAUAUUUUGCUUUGUGGGGAGCCUCCAUUUGUGUCCAAAACAAAAGAAACCCGCCUUAAGGAGAUUAAAACAAUAGGAGUCAGAUUUUCCUCAUCUAUCUGGGACACAAUCAGUGAUGCAGCAAAAACAGUAGUGACGUGCCUCCUGAAGGCAAACCCUGCAUACCGCAUGUCAGCUAAUCAGCUGCGGGACAACUCGUGGAUUACAGGGGACACUAACACGCCCGCAAUGCCCCUCAAUGCACUCGAGAUGAUGCACAACUUUCACGAGCAGGAGAAGAGUACACAGGAGCCUGAAGAAAGCCAGAACUGCGAUUCGGUUGCCAGGACCGCUUCACCGGCUUCAUCACAGACUGAAAGCAACAGCAUGAGUCACUCAGAUCUAAGUGACACUUCCUGCACACCUUCAACAUCCACUAAGCUGACAAAACAAGAGUGCAGUAGUCAUCAUCUACAGGACAAAUGUAAAAGCUCGUCUUCAGCCCCAAAUCAUCCCACCACCCCACAGACUGGUGGGAAACCCUGCAAACAGUCGAGUGUAAAGUCACGCAAGUCUCAGCGUAAGAAGGACGUCAGCGCGGUGCAGAAAGCAGCCUCCCAUCAAAAUAGCCACAGAUCACCACCACCCACUGUAAAAGUAUGACUAACAAAGACAAGAGAUGCCUCACAUGACAGGGAAGAAAGUUGAUUUAGUGUUUUGUUUUAUUAUUAGUAGUUGGUGAUGUGUUUUGCACAUCGAAUGAUAUGGAAGUGAAUGUAUAGUGCAAUCUUGGUCACGAGUAGAUACACCGGUGAUGGCAGUGCCAAAUAAGUUUGUUAUACUCUCAGCAGCCACUGUACAUCUCGCCACAUUCAAUACAAGAGCUGCAUCUUUAUGAAGAUAGCACUCAUUUGAAUCUGCAUUGUCAGAGCUAUUCAUUUAAUAAUGUUUAUUAUUGCAGUUCCAUUUUGGAGCUUUGUACAUUGUGUACAACAUUCUACUCAGAGCUGAUUUCUUAGGUCAUUAGCUCUUAUUGGAAGCUGUUGCAAAUUAUGCCCCAUAUACACAACUCGAAACCACAACCAAAAUGUUGAGGUGUACCUAGUAAUAUGGCCAGUAUAAAAUAUAUUUAUUGUAGGAAAGCAGUUCAAAAAUCUAUGAUCUCCUGCCUGUACUGUCCUGUUUGUGCCAAAGGGACGUGGUCUGUUGGACUGAGCUCUACUGCACAAAUGUUUACUUCUAUACCAAUAGCUGUUACCAGGCUGCCCAAACAAUACAUGCGUUUGUGGAGCACUCUUUAAUGUAAUCAAAAAGGCAGAAAAAGCAACAAUGGUGAAAUAUCUGUUUUUAGUUUUUAAGCAGCAAAUUGGAGUCAGAAAAGUCACACGUCAAAGGUCUGUCCUUAUGUGGGCUCUGUAUCGAGGAUGUCGUUGUGGCUUGUAUAGCCCUUUGAGACACUUGUGAUUUAGGGCUAUAUAAAUAAACAUUGAUUGAUUGAUUGAUUGAUAAUCUUUGAUAUUAAAGUGUGAAUGGCAAUUCGGAAUGGAACUGCUGGCACUGAGGUAUUGUCCUUCAAAUCGAGAAAAAAUAUUAAAUGAAUGAUGGUAUGACAAAAGAUGGCUUAUGUAGAAGAAAAUAAAAUUCAAAUCAGUACAAGGUACAACUUUUAAUUAUACAUAUUAAAGUUCUCCUAUUAUGGAAAAUGUAUUUUGAAAACAUUCUGACAGUAAUUUGUGUAUCUGCUUUACUUUGUGAUUCCACUUUUAAAAGUCAGUUUUAUGAGGUCGCGAAGGAAGAACCUACCUCAUGGACAUGAUUCUUCAUCUGACUUGCCCCGAGCAAGAUAAACCUGCUUUGUGUUUAUACGCCCACAACUUGAUGGAGGACAGCUUGCUGUAAAACCGGCUUCGCUACACAUUGUAAAGUAAAGCCUUAUGCUCUGCCAACUAUGCAUCAAUCUGCUACAGAUGUGUGAACUGUAAGUUUGAUCAUUUAGUUUUUUAAAUGCUGAAAUGUUACCAUUGUGGCUCACAUAGCUAUGCUAGUGUUGCUAAUAUUUCUGUACUCCUUUUCCAAUUCUCAAUGUUACGUUGUUGCUCCUUUUACUGUCGGGGUAACUAAAUCUGUGAGUCAUUUUGAUUGUGCAUAAAAUCCUACUCAACUGGAGUGAUACCACUCACGACAUCUAUUACGUUGGACAAGUGCAGUUACAGUGUGUAUGUAAAAAGUCUUAAGUGCUUAUUUGAGCCACACACUUUGUCAGAGAUAGGAACAGACAGCUCACUAGCAUUUAAACAGUCGUAGUUAGAAUUUACGGCUAAUGUAGCUCGCCGAUAUGUUACUACGCUAGAGUAGAGUUCCUCAGUGUUCGCUCUUAUAACAAUGUCGCUACAGCUUGGUUAUUAUACAGCUUACAGAAUGUAAAUUAAGUAUUGUUGACGGUUUUUGAAUGCAUUUUUAAAGUGAUUUAGAGGUAGAAAUGAUUGCUCCCAUUAGCCCCAUUGCUAGCCGCCUAGAAGAGACGAUUUUUACACGUUAGAAUGCAAAAAAACCCAAAAACCUUUUGUCUUCUUGUCCCUCAUAAAGAUUGUGAACGAUAGGCAAAAUAAAAAAUAAAAAAGUGCAGUUCCAAUUUAAAGUACCAGUAGAGUUGAAAAACAAGUUGACUUUUAAUGCUUAUUUGUGUUUCAUUGUUUCUAUUAAACCAUAUCCAAUUGUAUUUAUAAUCCGCAAAGUAUUUAAACACCGUUUUAACAUCACAAAAUGCCACAAAUUCAGUCAGCCAUUUUGAAUAUUGCGCUCGAAAUACCUUCGACUAUUUUUGGAGA